AUGGGCGUUGUUAUUCGACGAUCGGUAAAGUUGAUUCAAAGGCAGCGUCAGGGUGCUAGUGAAGGCCUGGGUCGACCGGGCUGGCUGAGAGGGCGGCCGCCGCAGAGGAUGCGAGCAACUGUGCCGGAGUCACUGCCGGCGGACCACGUGACGUCGCCAUCACCGGCGCCCGCGGCUGCCGCCACGGCCACCGCUCCUUCUCAGCCUAGGCAUCCGAGGCCUAUGUUUAAGGCCAGCGAGGUCAAUCACGAAUUAGAGAUACGCACAACUGGAGAACCAGAACUGAAGAUCCAGAUACUAGCAACACUGGAA